AGCUUCCAUUAUCAUCUUUAAAAUUUAUGAGCCCGUCUCAAAGCUUCCUUCCGUUUCUAAAGCUCAUAUUCAUGGCGUUUUUAUCAUUUCUAUGUUUACUCUUCUUACCUCUCCUUUCCCUGUUUCUCUACUACCAUCGUUCCACUUCAAACCGUAGAACCCAACAUAAAGGCUUCAAAAACUACCCCUUAAUCGGCUCCUUGCCGGAAUUAUUGAGAAACCGGAACCGGUUUCUCGACUGGACAACCCAAGUCCUCGGCGAUUGCCCCACCAACACCUCCGUCUUUCACCGUGCUGGCAAUAUCCGUGGCGUCGUUACGGCUAAUCCAGCCAACGUCGAACACAUCCUCAAGACCAACUUCGAGAACUACCCGAAAGGCGAACGGUUCAUUUUUCUCCUCCAGGAUUUCCUUGGCAAAGGAAUCUUCAAUUCCAACGGUGAGCUGUGGAGGUUACAGAGGAAGACAGCCAGCUAUGAAUUCAGCACGAAAUCGCUCCGAAUCUUCAUCAUGGAGAACGUCAGGGUCGAGCUUUACACGAGGUUGAUUCCGAUGUUGACAGAAGCCGUAAAAUCCCACCGGAUUCUUGACUUUCAAGAUAUAUUCGAGCGAUUUGCGUUCGAUAAUAUCUGUAAAUUAGCUUUCAAUUUCGACCCUGGUUGUCUCGGCGGUAUCGGGAAAACUGGCACAGAGUUCAUGCGGGCGUUUAAAGAUGCCGCCACACUCAGCACCAAUCGAUUCCUGGAUGCUGUCCCUUUCCUCUGGAGGGUGAAGAAGGCUCUGAAUGUAGGGUCUGAAGCAACUCUGAUGAAAUCAAUCUCUAUUGUCCACGAAUUCGCAGGCACUAUUAUAAGAAACAGAUUGGAAUCAGGAGCAGAUAACAAUGAAGAAGACGACUUGUUAUCACGGUUCAUCGAAAAAGAUGAAAACUCACCGGAGUUUCUCAGAGAUAUCAUCAUAAGUAUCAUUCUUGCCGGACGAGACACGACAUCCUCUGCUUUGUCCUGGUUCUUUUGGUUACUCUGUUUCAACCCUGUAGUGGAACAGAGCAUACUAAAGGAGCUCAAGGAAAUUCGGAGACGGAAUAGGAAAAGAAUUGGCGAUUCCUACAGUAUGGAGGAACUCCACGACAUGAACUAUCUCCAUGCAGCGAUAUCUGAGACAAUGAGACUGUACCCGCCGGUACCAAUCGACAUAAAAGCAUGUCUGAAGGAUGAAGUUCUUCCCGAUGGGACUUUCAUCGGAAAAGGGUGGUUCAUAGCUUAUCAUACGUAUGCAAUGGGGCGGAUGCCGAAGAUAUGGGGUGACGAUUGCUAUGAAUUUCGUCCGGAAAGGUGGCUGGACGACAAGGGAAUUGUGAAGCAAGAGAGCCCAUUUCGGUAUCCAGUGUUCCAUGCGGGGCCGAGAAUGUGUCUGGGUAAGGAUAUGGCGUAUAUUCAGAUGAAGUCUAUAGCCGCAGCCGUGAUGGAGAGGUUCUCGGUGGAGGUGCCGGAAAAGGAGAAGACUGGGAGGCAUCUUUUGUCUCUAACUCUAAGGAUGAAAGGCGGAUUACCGGUGAAGGUAAGGGAGAGAAUAUUAUUGGACUAAAUCUGAUUUGAUAAUGGUAGAUUCUACAUGUCAUCAUAAUGAGAGAUUAAUGGUUUUUCAAUUGCACAAUAAAAGUAGAGUUUAAUA